AGGGGACCAUCAGGGAGGGAUGUGAUUCUGUUUCUCCCCAAGUGUACAGUGCUGCUCAACUCAAGCGUGACUUACGUCAGACGCCGUACCACAGUACUCUUAGGCUGCUCCAGAGUUGUGAUGGUGACAUUGCACUGGGACUCAGUAGUGCAUGCUGCUACUAGAGGCAUACCAGCUACAACUACGCCGUGGUAGCCGAGUAUUACCUGAGCUUACAUGAGCCACUACUUGACGUUGUGCGGAUACUUAGUAGGAGAGCUCCGUCUGUCACCCAUUGCAAUGCACCUGAGGCCGUUACUGGCUCUUACUUCUGGGUGGCUCGAACGCGAUCAGUAACUGUCGUGCACGCGUUUAUCAGCAUCCGGCAUCGCACGCGUUUCACGGGCACAUCGACUUUAUUGUCAAGCCAUACCAUACCAUGGUGUCAAUAUUACAAAUGACCUUCGCUUUACUUAUCGCUUAAUUUAAGGCGGCCUUUGCAGCAGGAGAUUGUUAACCAGCCACCUCGAGAGUUAAUCGCUUGGAGCCGGAAGCAAGGGAAGCAAUCGUUUUGGCAAUCACUGGUUAGGGAGGCAGCGGCGGAAAGAGCAGGGGAUCAAUCAGAGAGACGAAGGUGGUCUUUCCGUUGGAGUCAGGAUUUAGAAUUGGAGUUUAGAGAGCACGAGAUCCUGACAGCGCAUGAGAGAGAGGCUGGAGGCAGCUGAUCAGAUGUACUAGGGUUGGAUAAAGCGGCUGCUCAGACGAAGUAGUAGCACCCACGGCGUUGAUACUAGUUUUCGUGAGAGUGACGUGUGGAGAGAUUACUAGGAAGCCGGAACGAUCCGGAAUAGGAGGAAGGAACAUAUCUUGCUGGAAUGGCGGAAGUAGUAGCGGCUGUGAUUCGCCAGCGAGGCGGCAGCAACCGCGUGGUGGACGGCGAUCUCGAGGACUUCCUCUUCGGCGACGAUGCUGACACGUCAGACAUCGGCAAUCGCAGCCGUCGAUCCAGCCUCAGCUUCGAGCCGCUCAGGAUGCACGACGGCGACGCCGGCGGCGGCGGCGCUCACGGCGGGGGGCACGGCGGGGGGCACGGGGACAGGAGGCGGAUGAGCGUGGAGGAGAAGAACGCGGUGUGGCGGGAAAGCGUGCGCGCGCGCGUGUCGUUCAAGCGCGGAGGGGGGGGCUCGCGCGGGGAGCCGGAGCAGCAGGAGCCUCUGGUUGAGCGGAGCGGGGAAAUGCCAGUCGGGCGGAGCGGAGAGCUGGUUAUGAAUCGGUCGCGGCCGCUAACGCCGCCGCUAGGCACGGGGACAGAGCGAAGUGGCGUGUCGGGAUUUGAAACUUCAAUUAGAAGCGGCGUGUCGGGCGGCGAGAGGGGAACGGAGAGGGGAACAGAUCGGAGCGCAACGCCCAACGGAUUCGAGCGAGCUGGCAAAGCGGGUUCUCAUAAGGAGAGGGACGCGGCGGUGGUGGCGGCUGCGGCGGCGGUUCCAUCGGUGUCUGCGGCGGUGGCGAUCUGGGGGGGGGGGCAGAAGGAGAAGGAGGAAGGAAGCGCCGUGGGGACCGGGAGCAAGGCGGGGCGAGACUCGGCGAAUGUGUCGAAAAGGUCCGGCCACGCCUCAUUGGUCGUCCCUCUCUCGUCGUCUUCAGCCACACCAGAAAAAGCCGCGCCCCCUACAGAGUACGACCCGUCUCAGGAGGUCCCCAUGGGCAAGCACACUCACAUCCUCCUCCCAGACGGCACCUUCAAGGUGCCCACUGCUGAAGACGUGGGCACCACGGGGCAGCAGACCACCGGCAGGAGCAGCGGCGCUGGGGGGGGGAGCAGCCGGCCGGCGCGGCAGCCCAUGGCGGUGCACUGGGAGGACUGGGCGAGCGACGAGGAGGAGGACGAGGAGCAGCUCGACGCUGUCGUGCUGGAAGAUAUUUAUUUCAAGGUGAAAGCGGCAGAUAAACGGUUAGAUGACUACAAGAACCUGGUGUCGUUCCUCUGCUUCAUUGCGCUCUACAUGGUCGUGCUCUACAUGCAAGCGGAUUCUACAGAUGGAUACGAGGUGUCAACGGCGCAUAAUAUUCUGCUUCCAUCAGGAGCGUCAGGGAGUGAGCUCAACUCUAUGAGCGGACCGGACGAGAUGUACCAGUGGGUUAACGACAGCAUUAUACAGGUGGUGUGGGAGGGGCCCCAUUGCGGCAACAGUGUCUGUGAUAACCCCUUGGAGUAUGCUGCGUUUGGCCGAUUCGGGUGUGAGGCAGACUGCGGGGUGUUUGAGAACGUGACCCACGUGGUGGUGCACAUCCACUCGGCGUUUGCCUCUCAAACCGACAUGCAGGGCAGCUCUUGGAAUUUAUGCAUGGCGCAGCCGACCAACCUGUGCUGGUUCGAGGAGCCUCAGGGGUUUUCCGAGCUACACUCAGAAACCGCUUUGGACCUCUUUAUUCCGGACGGCGACUGGCAGAUCAAGCUCGACGCGCCGGGCGGCGGCGUUCGGGGGUUAGUGCAGGUGGUCGGCGCGCUCAGCAGCAACGCCACCCUGCAACGAACCAAUGGCAGGGGGGGCCGAACCAGCGCCCGAGGCUCGGCAACAGGCUGGGGAACAGGCUGGAGCGUGUCAGGGAAUGGAGGAGCGGGAGGGGGGGAUGUGGGGGUAGUGGAAACACCCUUGGCCCAGCUGACAGACCUAGGAGCGAGUAAAGACGUGGUGGUGUCGUGGGGGGGGUGUGCGACAAGCAAGACGACAGUGGCGAAUGGGCGGUCGGCGGCUUUAGCUAAGAGGCUCUAUGGGUGCAGGGAGACGUGCGGUGUGAUGGCGAUGUGCAUGCAGGAGGCAUGUGUGAAUGUGGAUAUGGAGGAGGCGUCGGGGGUGUUUGUGGACUGCGCUGUGGUGUGCAAUAUGGCUCCCUUCACCAUCACGCAGUACAGCAACUGGACCUGCACUCAGAUGCUAGGGAUCACCACCACUGUACUGAAGAAUGUGAAUUGCUCGUUGAAUGCUACUUAUGUCAAGGCUCUGAAACGAAAUGCCAGCAGCAGCAGCUCUGCGCCCAGCAGCAACAGCAGUGCGCAUGCAUCAUCUCACCAGCGGCGCUUGCUACAACUGGCUGGGAGGCAACUACCCCGCACACCAUCCCAGCGGCAACCACAGGGGCAUACGCAGCGGCUUUUGCGCUCCGGUGCCUUUUCUGAUGCCGCUCAAAACGAGAUGCUCAAAGUUCCGACGACCUCUCAGAGGACGAUGCAUUCGGUUGGGGGAGAAGGAGCUGCGGGGAAGACGCUAAGCUUUCGUUUUGAGAUGUCUCAAAACGAAAUUAGCAACAGCCGGCCGAGGAAGAUGCGUUCGGUUGGGGGAGAAGGGACAGUGAGAAAGACGCUGAGCUUUCAGGGGGAAUCGGAUGGUGGUAUGCCUCGUCCUCCCCACCAUCACCCUCGUUGGCACGUGAGGCGGAAAGCACCGAUGGGUGGGCGGAAGGAUGGAGGAAAAGCAUUGGAAGGAGCAGCAGCGGCAGAAGCUGAGGCGAGGGAGGUUACGGAAGAAGCAGAAGGGACAGGAGAGGCAGCAGGGGAUGCAGAAGCGGAGGAGAAAGGCGAAGAAGAAGAAGAGGAACAAGUAGAUGAGGAAGAGGAAAUAAUUAACCACGAGGAGGAAAGAAGUCUGUGGAGAGGCAGCAGUAGCAGCAGCAGCAGCAGAAGCAGCAGCAGCAGCAGCAGAACAGAGAGCAUGGGAAGCAUGAGCCUGAGUGGAUCCAUGACCCAUAGAGCCCUCAAUGCCGCAGUGCCCGCACCCAACCAAGUCGGACUGAGACCUGCUGCUGCUGCUUCUUUCUCUCCACAAGAGCUGCAACCACAAGCUCGACAACAGACACAGCAGCAGCAGCAGCAGCAGCAGCAGCAGCAGCAGCAGCAGCAGCAGGCAAACUUGCAGGCAAACAUACAGGCAAGCACACAGGCGAGCACACAGGCAAGCACACAGGCAGACACAGAUGCAUGGGCUGCCCUCGGCCCCACGGACCGGCAACGGUGGUUCAACCUGCGGGUGGCAGUGGGACGAGCCCUCUACUCGUGGGUGGGGGACGCGUGCCUCGCUGACCGCUUCUCUACAGUCACUCUCGACACUGCCACCCGCGCCCGCGUCUCGGCCCUGUUCUGUGGGCUGUUGAAUAGUCAGGGGGCAGUGCAGGGGGUGCAGGGGGUGCAGGGGGUGCAGGGUGCUACUUCUAAUGCUGCUGCUAAUGCUAGUGCUGGUGCUGGAAGGUUGGAAAUCACUGACACAGUCCUAGCGAACGAAGCAGCAGCAACAGGAGGAGAUGCUGCUCUGGUGGACAGUAGCUUGGCAGGAGUUCGUUCGAUUGGUGGUCAAGUGGUUGAUGUGGCAGCAGUGGGAGGGGGUGGCUGUGCGCUUGGGCCUUUCACGUCCGUGCAUGGGUCCAUGGCUGCUGCAGCUGCUUACUACGCCUUCCACGGUCUUCCUCCUCCUCCUGCUGCUGCUGCUGCUGCUCCCGCUGCUUCCAACAGUACAACCAAGAACGGCACUGCUUCUAAUGGGACUGCUUCUAACGGGUCUGCUUCUAACGAAACGGCAUCUUCCAUCAGUGUGUCUGCUCUGCUCUCCCGGCGCCUGCGCAUGUCCCGAGACCAGUUCGCGCGGUUCGUAGGAACCUUCCUGGAUGCGGUGGAGUCGGUGGUGGCGGUGGAUGGUGCCACCUUGGCUCGCCUCUCCUCUCACCUCUACGUUGCGGCGAUCGACCUGGUUGACAGCGAGCUGGAGGGCUGCAGCCUGCACGGGCGCAUGUUGGAGUGGGCAGUGGGGGCUGAUUUCAAUGUGACAGUAGGGAGGGGCGACAGUGUGCAGUUCGUGUGGGCCGACGACUACCCUCACUCCGUUAAGAUCCGCGGCCUGGGCAGCAGCAUGGGCGACAGCCUGUUCAAGGGCUAUGGCACCAACCGCAUGGUGCUGUCGAGGCACAGCCGGUGCGCUCCGGACAAUGUGGGCACCAUGCCCCUUGACGGCCCGCCACACCCGUGCGCGCUCUAUGGGCCCGCGGACACCCCCUCCUUCACCUAUGCUGCUGUCUUCACCCAAACCGGCUCCUACAAAGUGGAGUGCGGGCGGUUUGGUGCCGAUAUGACAGCCACGAUCCACGUUGUGGACGAUAGCGAAGACGACACUAUUUCUUUCCUCGACCCUUUUUUUGACGCCACAAACGCCACCGGAACCACCACCGAAUCCCCUCUUUCCUCCUCAUGCUACCCCGGCUGCUUUCUCGGGAGCCUAGCGGACGGCCGCUGCGACCCCCUCUGCAACAAUCACCACUGCGCCUUCGACGGGGGGACUGCGAGUCAAACGAGGUCGGACGCGGGGGCGUGUUGCCCCACGGACGCAGUGGGGGCGAACCUGCUGUUUCCCUUCCAGCUGCGGUCGUUUGGGCCGGACAUCCACGCCAGCAACACUCAGUUCUCGGAGCUUUAUGAAAAGCCUCUGCACCGCCACGUCACCGAGAGAAACAGGCUGCUGGUCGGCCUCUACGUGCUGCAAACCCGCUGGGGCUCCCGGGAGUGCCCCUCCAAAAAAUUCGCCAGCAUCUGGCCAAACUGCCUCAGCAACGCCACCAGCCUGACCUCCUUUGGCAUCAACCCGCGCUUCCUCUCCACGUCAGACCUUUACGACCCCCUCGUUGCCGCAGCCAAUCAGACGGGCCUAGAGAACUCCACUUUCAGCUCCGCCCCUCUCUUCAACGAUGAGGGGUUACCAUAUGGCUUCGUUCCUCCCAUGGACAACCUCGGGUCCUAUCCGCUCAUAUUCGACGUGAAUCUGCACCGGGUGGCGGCCACAAAGCGGCUGCAGUAUUUGGUGGACGGCUACUUCUUUGACAACCUCACGAAGUCAAUCGAGUUCGCCGUCAUCACCUAUAACGCGGACGUCAACAUGUUUGUGCUCUCAAAGGUGCUCAUAGAGGUGGACGUGGGCGGAAAGCUGGGCUACACGUACAGGCUCGUGCCAAUACCAGUAGAGCCCUACUCGUCAGCCUCCUCCUACGCCCAGAUGGUGUUGGAGAUAAUCUACGUGGUGUGCGUGGCCUACAACCUCCUGGAGGAGAUCAACGAGAUGUUUCAGACGUACCGUCACACGGGCAGCUUUCUCUACCACUUUCGCCAGUUUGGCAACUGGAUCGACCUGCUCUCGCUGGGGAUCCAGAUAUGGGGCAUCGUCGUCUGGAUCAUCAUGGUGCAGCAGCUGUCCGCCCUUGAGACCAUCAACGUCCGUUACAACGUGUACGCGUCGCUCGACGACACAACGUCGCAGUUCUGGGCGUUGAACACGACCUCGAAGGGCUUUGAGAGCGCGAUGCAGGUGUACCGAACCAUGGAUGAUAUCAUCAAGCUUCGCUCCUUCUACUUCGCGAUUCAAGGAAUCAAUGUGUUCCUCAUGGUGCAACGCCUCCUCAAGCUGAUGGACUUUCAACCGCGAAUCGGCAUCAUCACGCGCACCAUGGCGGCGGCCCUCCCAGCCAUCCUCCACUUCUUCCUCGUCUUCGGCAUCAUCUUCCUCGGAUUCUCCUUCUACGGCUACCUCGUGUUCGGCCGCACCCUCGAGCAGUUCCGCACCAUCCCCAACUCCAUGCUCUCCUGCUUCUUCAUGCUCAUUCAAGACAACGCCGCCGCGUACUAUUUCGUGAUGCUCGAGGGGUGGGAGCGGCUGGCGGCGUUCGUCUUCUGGCUGUCGUUUGUGGUGAUCAUGGUGUUUAUUCUGAUGAACGUAGUGAUUGCCAUAGUGGUGGAUGCGUUUAUGGAUGUGAAGGAAGCGGCGCAGGAGGAGACGGCGCUCCCGAUGGACAUCUGGAUUCUGCUGAGGAACCUGUGGCAGCGCAUCUGCACCCCGUAUUGGAGCCUGAGGAAAUUGCGCCAUCAUUUGUUGUUCCUGGGCACGCACGAGAAGACCAAGGAGGAGGAGGAAGCUUUGGCAAAGCAGCGCAAGUCAGCGGUGCGAGAGGUGGCGGAGAUGCUUAGGAAGGGGUGCUUCAUGUCGCAGCAGGAGCGGGAGACGCUGCGGCGGAUCCACCAGACGAAGAGGAUCGUGGAUGUGGGCAUCGACAAGAUGGACAUGAUGUCGCUCUAUGCCCUCAUGAACCGCACCUACGAGCGCAAGAUGGCAUCUAUGAGUCCCACCAAGGCGGCCAGCAAGUCGCAGCACGUCGACCCAGUCACCCUAGCCGAGUCAGUCAUGGGGCAAUUCGGGGAGAACGUGGAAGUGGCGCUGCUAGGAGAGAAGCCCAAGAAGGGCAAGAGUGGGGAGAUGUCACAUAUCAAGCGGUCCCUGCAGCGGCUAGAGGAGAACGCGGACGAGACGGCGUACGUGCUCCUACAGGUGCAGGAAUCUUUGGAGAAGAUGAGGCGAGAGCAGGAGGAUAUGCAGCAGCACCAGCAGCUGAUGCUGCUGAGGGGGGUGGGGAGGGGGAGUUUAAGAGAGGCCAGUGUGGGGCUGGGGGGACGCGGGAGACAGUGGAGCAGGGUACGAAGGCGGGAGGAGGAUGAUGAUGAUGAUGACGACGAUGGUGAUGCUGAUGUUUCGGCUGCUGCUGCUUCUCGUGGUUGGUUGGGGGGCGGGGGCAGCAGCGGGGACGGCGGCGCUGGUGGCGCUGGUGGUGCUGGUGCUAGUGGUUUUGGUGGUGAUGGCACUGGUGAUGGUGCUUCCGGUGGUUCUGGCAAGGGGUUGACCCACUCAACGAGUGCAGGAGAGGACACGAUAAUCAAGCAGCUCACCCGGUCUGUCUCCGGCAUGAAAGGAAGCCUAUCCUUUGGGCAGCUCGCCCCCCCCUCCCCCUUGCACACCCCGCACAGCCACAGCCUCAACAGCCCUAACAUGGUUGGGUUUAUGACUCGGAGGCGCACGGACAGUGCGCUAUUACUGGGAAACAGGCACUCUCCCCACGUGGCUGGCCUUGCUGGUGGGCUGAAUUUCAGUGCAGGCGUGGGAGGGGGAGGAAUGGGGGGCGGGGUUGGAGGGCUGAGUCCGAUACAUAGUGUGGUCAGUGGGCAUGUGGGCAGCCAUAUGGGGCAUCAGGCUGGGUAUAUGGGACAGGCGGGGUUGACUCCUAUAGGGUCUCAUAGCAUGGGGAUGCUGGGGGCAGGGCAUGGGGGGGGGUGAGGAUGGGGAGGAGGGGGUCAGGAAGAGGCGGGCGCGAAUGGCUCAUAUGAAGUCUCUGGGGGGGGAUGAGCCGAGUAUUCUAGAUGCCGUUGCACAG